UAUAUAUGGAAGUUGAGGCCUAGAACUAGUCUAUAGAUUCAAACAUCUCUCUCUCUCUCUCCUCCCAUCCCUCCUUCCCUCUCCCUCUCAACUUCAUUUUCCUUUCAAAUAGUAACACUAGAGAACAAAAGCUCUAGCUAGAACUGAUAAUGUAUAUACAAGCCAUCAUUCAGAACAAUUAGUGCAUCCUCUUUCAUCUGAAGAACUUGUUUAGUUUGCUCCUAAAAUAUUUGUCUGAGGAUGUGGCAUAAAACCUGCAAUGAGAUGGCUUUCUUCCCAGCAAAUUUCAUGCUCCAAACUCCUCACCAUGAUGAUCAUCAUCAUCAACCUCCACCAUCCCUCACCUCAAUUCUACCAACGUGUGCACCUCAAGAAUAUCAUGGGGGAGUGACCUUUCUAGGAAAGAGAUCCAUGUCAUUUUCAUCAGGGAUUGAGCAUGGAGAAGAGGUCAAUGCCGAGGAAGAUUUGUCUGAUGAUGGAUCACAAGCAGGGGAGAAGAAGAGGAGGCUCAACAUGGAGCAAGUGAAGACACUUGAGAAGAGCUUUGAGUUGGGGAACAAGCUUGAGCCAGAGAGGAAAAUGCAGCUUGCAAGAGCACUUGGCUUGCAGCCAAGACAAAUUGCUAUAUGGUUCCAGAACAGAAGGGCUAGGUGGAAGACCAAGCAGUUGGAGAAAGACUAUGAUGUUCUCAAAAGACAGUAUGAAGCUGUCAAGUCAGAUAAUGAUGCACUUCAAGCUCAGAACCAAAAACUUCAGGCUGAAAUAUUGGCACUGAAAAGUAGAGAACCAACUGAAUCCAUAAACCUUAACAAAGAAACAGAAGGAUCCUGCAGCAAUAGAAGUGAGAACAGCUCAGACAUCAAGUUGGAUAUCUCAAGGACACCAGCUAUUGACAGUCCUCAUUCUACACAUCAGCAAAGCAGACCCCUCUUUCCUCCUUCUUCUGCUAGGCCUGCAGGAGUUGCUCAGCUUUUCCAAACCUCUUCAAGACCAGACCUUCCAUCAUGCCAAAAGAUUGACCAAAUGGUCAAAGAAGAAAGCCUAAGCAACAUGUUUUGUGGCAUGGAUGAUCAAUCGGGGUUUUGGCCAUGGUUGGAGCAGCAACAUUUCAAUUGAAUAUUCCAAAGGAAGAGAGAGUUAUUAAUUAAUUUAAAAAAUUGGAUGUAGUAGGUUUUCUUUUUCCCUGUGAAAUCAAGAGGGUGUCCAUCAAUUUAUCACACCAUACUUUAUUAUGAUGAGUUCUUAAAUUAAAAACCCAUGUUUUGGAAACUUGGUGUAUAAAAUAGGAUAUAUAUCAAGUAGAAAUUUUCUGGCGGCGCUUGAAAAUUUUCUUGAAA